GAAGAAUGUAGCGCUCGCCAGGGAGGAACGGACAUCCUGCUCUUGGGUUAAGAUGCCUCGGUUACGAUGCCCAGGUUCCGGGCAGCCAGAUGCCAAAACAGACCUGGAGAAAGGCCUGGUCAUGGGUACGAAUGGAAGUAGUAUUAUUUCGAAACGGAGUGUGGAACAGCUAUACUAUCCCGAGCCGCAUUUUAUUCGGUACUUCGUGAAGAAGCGCCAGCGGCGGUCGCCAUUGAUCAAUCGAGGGUACUGGCUGCGUAUGUAUGCCAUUGAACAUACGGUGAAAGUGUUUCUUGAACGACCUUCCGAUCGACCAAAGGUCAUUAUAAAUUUCGGCUGCGGAUUUGAUCCAUUGCCCUUUCAAUUCCUCACCCAUGAUCCCGCACUAUGCCAAAAUGUCCGGUUUAUCGAUGUCGACUACCACAAGCUGAUGGUCGAGAAACGAAACACGAUACACAAAACCGCUGCACUUAGUAGCCUUAUCCCAGAUGCCGAGUAUCCAGCUGAAGAUGACGUCGUGCUCCUACGCAGCAGGCAGUACAUCGGCAUUGGUUGCGACCUGGUCGAGCUCUCAGAAUUGGAAAAGUCGCUGAGGUCUGAACUCGGCUCUCCUAGUGAUUUCUCUAUACUUUGCACCGCUGAAGUGUCUCUGACUUACAUGGAUGUCAAAUCUGCAGAUGCCCUCCUUCAGUGGGCAUCGACACUAAGCGAUGACACGAAUUUCUGUCUACUCGAGCAAUAUUUCCCCGAUGGACCUGGGCACCCUUUCUCGCAGACGAUGAUGAAUCAUUUCCAGAAACUAAGAACUCCGCUGUACUCCAUCCAUGAGUAUCCUUCGCUACGAAAACAAGAACAACGUUUUGUUGAUGCCGGCUGGAAAUACGCGAAUGCAAAGAGCUUAUGGGAGCUAUGGAGCGAUUCCCAAUUCUUGAACGAUCUACAGAGGGAAUCUCUCGACAAAUACGAAGCCUUUGACGAAUGGGAAGAAUUCGCCCUUUUCGCAUCCCAUUAUUUCCUACUUCUGGCCUCGACAAAACGUUCGAAAACUAAUGGUGAUUCUGAAGAGCCCACAAGAGAAACUGAUACUCAUGUCGAACAAUUAAGGCUGGUGCCGCAGUGUCCGCCCAGAUUUAAUGGUCAAAGGCGAUUUGGGUCCAUUGUUCCCAUCAAGAAGCACAUGGUUGGUUUGCACGGCGGAUUGGGGCUCCAAACCCGCCUCUCAUCAGCACAAGCUUACAGCGAAUCUGAGGUAAACCACUCGAUCCACGAUAUGCCCCCAACAAGUAUCGGGGCGCGAAUGUGUCAUUCUACGACCGUUUUUGGCGAACAAUGCCUCCUUACGGGUGGAAGAGCCUCGCCAACCAUGCCAUUAGGCGAUUGCUGGCUAAAGUCAAAUGGUAAAUGGAACCAGGUUGAUAGUCUUCCGAUUCCGUGCUUCCGGCAUUCUACAGUUGCUGUUGACCUAGGCCAAGGUAGCAAGCAUGUUCUACUCUACGGAGGCAAGUCAGCAACUGGCGAUACCUUGGGGCAAUUUCUCUUGUGGUCUGAACAAAGCGGAUGGAAUGAGAUAAACAUUAUUGGCCGAACCCCAAGAGCGCGAUUUGGCGCCUCGCUUAUCAGUAUUGACAACCAAACAGGGAUUAUGUUCGGCGGGAUGUCACAGGGGGGCGUAGUUCUGAAUGAUUUUUGGACCUGGCAGAUAUCUAGAUCCGACGAGGGUGAUAUCUCCCUCACGUUGGAAGAAUUGACAGAAAAACUUUCAACUAGAAUGCCGUUGUUCAGGUGGUUGGGGAGAUUCGGGUCAACGGCCAACCUGAUGGGAAACAAAAUUAUCGUCAGCGGCGGAAUAACUGUUGACGGCUCUGUUCCUCAAAAGUAUGAGAUCAUACUUUUGGAUAUAAGCUCACUGCGGUCUUUUAUGCAAGACCCGCUAUCACAUAGCGACAGCAUUUUGGCCGCAGCAGGCAUAGCAAUCGAUUCUGACGGCCCACGACCACUGCUUGUUGGUCAUUCCUCGUUUCCUGUAGCAGAGCGCAAAGUUCUGAUAGUCGGUGGCGGGGCAGUAUGCUUCUCCUUCGGAACUUACUGGAAUGGAGGAACAUGGCUUCUGCAAGACGCAACACCGAAUGCGGUUAAUGAAUGGCUUCCAGUUGAGCCAUCCAUCGAUUCAGAGCAAAGUCCAGCACGAACAAUAACAGCGACGCCACAGCCCGUUGUGACUAGUGCAGAUUCACUUGUUACAGUCUCGCGGGUAAAGAUAGCCAGUCCUCGAGAUUUUCGAACGAUUGUUGACAAGUCGAGGCCUGUGAUCCUAGAAGGGCUCGAUAUCGGGCCAUGCGUGGAGUCAUGGACUAAGGAAUAUCUCAGAAACGCAGUUGGACAUGACCGGAAGGUCGUUGUUCAUGAUUCGCGUUCGGAGCAUAUGGACUUUCAGACGAAAAACUUCACGUAUGUGACAAAGGAAUUUGGCACUUUCUUGAAUGAAGUGCAUGCGGGUUCUCGACAAUACCUGCGAGCGAUUUCAGCUCAGAAGCCUUCCGAAGAGCCUGCCAACCUUUCUACGGAUUUUCCUGGCCUUAAGGACGACUUCAGACUGCCACCCGAGCUGUCAUUGGUUUCGGAACAGGCUCAUAGCUCUCCACUAAGGAUAUCGGGGCCAGUGAUCUUAUGGCUGCACUACGAUGUUCUUGCCAAUGUUCUCUGCCAAGUGCGAGGCGAGAAGAAGCUGAUCUUGUAUCCCCCAUGGGACGUUUCGAAACUAGGAUUCGCCCCCGGCGCGUCAAGCUCCUCGAUCAACGUCUUCCAGAACACUUCAGAUAGCCAGCCCACAUCCCCGUACGGCACGACUCCGCACGAGGCAGUCAUGAAACCUGGAGACAUCCUCUUCCUCCCGCCACUCUGGCUCCACACAGCCUGCCCCACGGCCAGGGUCAGUGUGGCAGUCAACGUGUUUUUCCGCAGCCUCGUGCAGGGCUACGCACCCGGGCGGGAUGUGUACGGCAACCGCGAUCUACACGCCUACGAGAAAGGGCGCAAGGAUGUGGAGAAGAUUGCUCGUUCAUUUGAUCGGCUGCCCAGCGAUGUUGCCCGGUUCUAUCUUGAUCGGCUAGCCGACGAGCUCAGGCAGAAGGCGACCACGUGACCGUAUCCUACAUGCGGGAUGAAUAAACAAGCGGGUGGCUAGAGGGGGAUUGUGGGCAAAAAAAGAAAAAGGCAGGAUGACAUCCAUGUCAGACACGCAGGCCCUGGAUCCGAAACGGCUGAUACAUACCUGCUACAUGUGUCUAUUCGCUUCUUGUAUAUCGUGUCGAAUGAGACGGGGGAGUUACUAAACCAUCGCCUCUUCGAGGCCCCUUGAGCUAACGUAGUCUGGUCUUCUUCCUCAAGGACAUUUCUUGCGUUUUUCCUGUAGGCACAGAAGCAGCCAGCAGGGUUCCAAGGGGAGGGGGAAAAAGAGAGAGAGAGAGUGUGUGUGUGUCAAACCACCUUCAAGAAUGAUCCCCCUUCACUUUUUGACGCAGAAGGUCUGGACUCUCUCUCCCGUCCCAACGCCAAACAACCACCCGACAUCCCUCAUAGGUCACCUGCAAGAGCAUCCCGCAAACAAAGAAUGUGCCAGCCUAGAUUCUGAUCUCAUCCUGAUCAAGCACAUACACAAACAUGUGUACAUAUGUACAUACAUAUACUAGUCAGUCACAUCAGCGAAUAAAAAGCAUCUUUUUCCCCCUAAAAAAAGUAGGCCAGAUUCUUGAUCACGCAAGCCUCAAUUGACUACCAUCAUCAUGCCCUCCAUCCAUCCAAAAGCAGUGAACAAAAAUUCCAGGUUUUUUCUUUUCCUCUCCCCCGACUGCCUUCCUGCCUACUUACCUAUUCUUUCCUACUCCUGAGCUGUUUUUCCCACAUGACACGGAGCCAAGUCCGGGGUC